GUCAAACAACUGGGAAACAAAAUAUCUUAUUUACCCUGGUGCUACUCACUCUCGUUUCGCACACUCAAUCGGGGUGGCAUAUUUAGCAGAAUGGUUUGUCGAGACUCUGCGUGCGAAUCAGCCAGAACUCAACAUUACCAAACAGGAAUUCCCUGUGUGAGCCAGAUCGCUGCUCUGUGUCAUGACUUGGGUCAUGGUCCGUUCUCUCAUUUGUUUGAUGGCAUGUUCAUCCCUGAAGUCCAGCCUGAUAACAAAUGGCAGCAUGAGCAGGCGUCUGUUCAGAUGUUUCACUGCAUGAGAAAGAAGAAUGGACUGGACAAAAUGAUGAAGGACUAUGAACUGAAUCUAAAAAAAGACAUCAUCUUCAUUGAGGAAUUAAUUCAGGGACGCAAAACUUCAGAUAGUCCGGUAAAAACAUGUUGAAUGUGAUUUUUCAGUCUUUAUCAUGAUACAGCUGUAGGGAUGCACCCAAUGAUUGGCAACCAAAAUU